AUGACAACCUGUGAAAACGCUGGAGUCUUCGUCCACAUCGGUCAGCCCGACAAUGGUGAUGGCAAGUUAACCAAAGGUGAGAUCCUCAAGUGGCUUGACCUCAUGGGAGAGACUUGGGAGGAGGUCUGCGACGGACAAAACAACACAUUCGUUUGCCACUCCGAAAACACCAUCAAUACCGACCAGAUCAUCUACAUCAAGAAGGCCCUCAAGGAAGCCUUCCACUUUUCCAAGGUAGUCUUCACCGAGAACAACACCAUCGUCAAGCGCUUGACUUCCUACGGUGGCACCAUGACGGUCCAUUUCAUUGUCGGUGGACAAGAGAUCAGCCCUUGGAUCUAUCGCGGCUCUGUUCCCAAGGAAGAAGAAGAAGAGGAUGAGGCCUCCGUCAAGUCUGAGUGUAGCACUGACUUCUUCGAUAAGUUUGACGACAUUACUGGCCAGGGAAUGACGCAGCAGACCGAUCUCUUGUUCGGCAAGACGGAUGCGGCCGAUGAGAUCCCCAAACCCACGGCCAAACCCAAGAAAAACGCCAAGAAGGGCACCGGUCUCCCCUCCAAGGGCACCCGCCGCAGCAACAGGUUGGCCAAGUAG